UGGACGCUUGCCAACCCCUCCUCCUCGGCGGGGAUGAGGGUGUCGCCUGCACCGCCGCUGUCUGCAGGAGCCAACCCGCCUCACCCCCCUCAUUCUCCGCACAUGUCUCCUGCCGUAGAUGUCCGUGGUCGCCUCCUGCACCAUCCCCAACAGCUCGCUUUUCGAUGUUGCUUCUCAUAUCCCAACUUCCUCAGGUGGACCGGGGAGCGUUGUGAUGCCCCCCCACCCUGGCAGUGGACAGAGUGAUAGUCGCAACAGCAACAUGCAUGCACCUGGGUAUCCCCCUGGUGGCCCCCCACACAUGGCAACAGGCCCUCCCUCUGGGCCACAUGGCUACCCUACAAAGCUAGGCCACAUGCCACCCAGUGGGCCCCCUGGACCCCCAUAUGGGCAGCCAGGCUACCAAGCAGGCCACCAGUACCCCCCAGUAAGACCCCAGGGGCCCAUGAUGCAGCCAUACCCACAAAACUUUCCCCCUGGCGCUCCACAGGGCCCUCAGGGCCCUCAGGGUCCCCCUUCUUCCAUGCCGCCAGGCCAUCAGUAUCCCCCACGGCCCCCGCCCAACAACCAUGUUCCCCCCAGCCAGCCAUACGGGUAUCCUCCUUUCGGGACGCAGGGUUGGGGAGGACAGACCAUGAACCAGGGCCCACCGGGACCAGGUGGUAUGCCCAGCUCCAUGAUGCCUGGGGGACCUGGUAUGCCAGGGAAAGGUGGACCCGUUCAGAUGCCAGGUCAGUCAAAUCAACCUGGAGCCAGUAGUAGUGGUGGAGGUCCUCGACCCCACACUCCCCCACACACCCACUACCUGAAGCAGCACAUUCAGCACAAGAUCAGUGGGUAUGGCGCAACCCAGAUGUACCCCAAUGGCCCCGGGAUGCCCGGGAUGCCUAACAGCCCCCAGAACAACAUG